GCCUGGCAGCCGGGGGCGGGCCCUGCACGCAGGCGUUGUAAACUAGCGGGGCAGGCGCAGUGCGCACGGUGGCGGUGGCGGCGACAGCAGUAGGUUCCAGAAGCUGGUUCAGUACUCCGUCUGCCAUGGCCCGGGGACUGCCCAGCCCUGCCCGCUUGGCACGUUUCUGCCAGAAACUGAACCGUCUAAAGCCGCUGCAAGAGUCUAGCAUGGAGACGUCACUGCGUCGCUGCCUGUCCACACUGGACUUGACCCUAUUAGGUGUGGGUGGCAUGGUCGGAUCUGGGCUCUAUGUGCUCACAGGCACAGUGGCAAAGGACAUGGCUGGCCCUGCUGUACUCUUGUCCUUUUUGGUGGCCGCUGUAGCCUCCCUGCUGGCAGCCCUAUGCUAUGCAGAGUUUGGAGCCCGCGUGCCUCGUACCGGCUCUGCAUACUUGUUCACCUACGUGUCCAUGGGUGAAAUAUGGGCAUUCCUCAUAGGCUGGAAUGUGCUUCUGGAAUACCUCAUUGGGGGUGCCGCGGUGGCCCGUGCCUGGAGUGGCUAUUUGGACGCCAUCUUUAACCACAGCAUCCGCAACUUCACAGAGUCUCACGUGGGUGUCUGGCAGGUGCCCUUCCUGGCCCAUUAUCCGGAUUUUCUGGCUGCCGGCAUUUUACUCGUGGCUUCUACCUUUGUCUCCUGUGGUGCCCGAGUCUCUUCCUGGCUUAACCACACGUUCUCAGCCAUCAGUCUGAUUGUCAUCCUUUUCAUCAUCAUCCUGGGCUUCAUCCUGGCCCGCCCUCACAACUGGAGCUCAGAAGAGGGCGGUUUUGCACCCUUCGGCUUCUCUGGUAUCCUGGCUGGCACAGCCACCUGUUUCUAUGCCUUUGUGGGCUUUGAUGUCAUUGCUGCCUCCAGCGAGGAGGCCAAAAACCCACGGUGGGCUGUGCCCACGGCCAUAGCCAUCUCACUCGGCCUGGCAGCUGGUGCCUACAUUCUGGUCUCCACUGUGUUAACCCUCAUGGUACCUUGGCACAGCCUGGACCCCGACUCAGCACUUGCUGAUGCUUUCUAUAGGCGGGGCUACAGCUGGGCUGGCUUCAUUGUGGCCAUCGGCUCCAUCUGUGCCAUGAAUACGGUCCUGCUCAGCAACCUCUUCUCCCUGCCCCGCAUCGUCUACGCCAUGGCCGCCGACGGGCUCUUCUUCCAGGUCUUUGCCCGUGUGCACCCCCGGACACAGGUGCCUGUGGUGGGAAUCUUGGUGUUUGGGAUCCUCACGGCUCUCCUGGCGCUACUGCUGGACCUUGAGGCAUUGGUCCAGUUCCUAUCCAUCGGCACCCUGCUGGCCUAUACCUUUGUGGCCACUAGCAUCAUUGUGCUGCGUUUCCAGAAAUCUUCUCCACCCAGCUCUCCUUGCCUAGACAGCCCUGGCCCCACUGCUAAGACGUACGACUCCUUCUCGGACCACGUACAGCUUGUGGGUGCUGCACAGGCCUCCGUGUCUGAGCCCGGGCAGCUGCGACCAGCCCUAAAGCCUUUCCUGGCCUUCCUGGAUGGAUGCAGCCCUGGGACUGCUGUGGCAUGGGCCCUUGGCGUCUUGAUAGUCUCAGCCAUCUCCCUGGCGUGUGUUGUGGUCUUCGGGAACUCAGACUUGCACCUCCCGCGGUGGGGCUACAUCUUGCUGCUGGUCAUCAGUGGUGCUAUCUUCCUGCUCAGCCUCCUGGUCCUGGGGGCUCACCAGCAGCAAAAGAAGCAAGACACUUUUCAGAUCCCUCUGGUGCCCCUGACUCCAGCCCUGAGCAUCCUUCUCAACAUUUGUCUCAUGCUGAAGCUGAGCUACCUGACCUGGCUGCGCUUUAUCUUCUGGCUGCUGGUCGGACUCGUCGUGUAUUUUGGCUAUGGCAUCUGGCACAGCAAGGAGAACCAGCGGGAGCCACUGGAGCUGACCACUGCGCACUACGUGGUGUUCCCUAGCGGCAGCCUGGAGGAAACAGUGCAGGCUGUGCAGCCUGCUAGCCAGGCACCAGUGCAGGACUCAGGCUGUACUGAAUAGCUGGCCAUGGAGGCUGGCUCAUGGGGG